CAGCUACGGAUAAGGUGAGGAAAUCGGUGACGGCGGUAACCUCGAAAGGUGUUUCAGAGUCACCAUGUUUCAUGACGCGUGUCCCUUUUUCAGCGAAACGACGCCGCUUUUUUUCUCUUGCAACUACAUAUCAUCCAUUCUCUAUUCUGAUCUGAUAAAUUUUGUAACUUCAGAGUUAUUUCCUCUUCGACCUUCUUCAGUGGUAUGUUUCAUUGCUUUUGAGAGAAAGAUUCAAAGUGAUUAUCUUUUGGUGGAUGCCUCCAUUGUUAUGUGGAAAUUAGCUUCAAAAUCCAUCAUAGAAGGCUUUAAAUCAAAGGGAGACGAUGCUGACAUAAAACUGGGAAAGACUCCUUCAGGAGAUGGAAGAAAGACAACAAAGGAAGAAAAAUUGGAGUGUCCCAUUUGCUGGGAAUCGUUCAACGUCGUUGAGAAUGUGCCUUAUGUCUUGUGGUGUGGUCAUACUAUCUGCAAGUAUUGUCUCUUAGGCCUUCAACGUGCCGUUGUCAUCAAAUCCUCAGCUUUACCUUUCCAGCUUCCCUUCUUCGUUGCUUGCCCUUGGUGCAAUAUUCUCUCUUUAAGGCUUGUUUGCAAUGGAACCAUCAAAUUCCCUUCCAAAAACUUUUACCUUCUUUGGAUGGUCGAAAGCGUGAAUGGCUGCAGAUCUGAAUCUCGUAGCGACGACAAAAGGGUCACUUCAGGCCAGAGAGACAUGAGGAAUAGGUGUGAUGGAGUGAGUCAUACGGCCUCAGAUGAUGAACGGUUACUGGACAAUCGCGGCUGGUGGAAUGGUGUGACCAGAGGAUACUUUAGGACUGGGAGGCUCCAUGACUCGGUAUGUAUGUCAAUGGCUCUUGUUACUCAUUUGCUGGCUAAGUUUCCUCUCGUUGUCAUAUUCCUGCUGAUGGCUUUAUAUGCAAUCCCUGUGAGUGCUGCAGUUCUUGGGCUCUAUUUCUUUGUCACGUUUGCUUUGGCUGUCCCGUCUUUUCUUGUCCUCUAUUUUGCCUUCCCCAGCUUAAACUGGUUGAUCAGAGAGAUUGCUGCCUGACUCAUUGUACUGUCACUUGGUUCCUCUGUGUUUCCUGACUUGUAAGAAACAUAAGAUAGAGCCAAAGCUGUUUACACUCAAUAUAGACAAGAAGAAGAGAAGAUGUUUAUUUUAAA